AACAUUAGCCACCUUUAGCUUAGCGGUGGUGACGUGAAGUCAUGUGACCGUGCUGUAGUUCCUUUAUAGCCCAACAUUAGCCACCUUUAGCUUAGCGGUGGUGACGUGAAGUCAUGUGACCGAGCUGGAGUUCCUUUAUUGGCUGAAAUCUUAAAAGUGGUGUUAAUAUGUGGAGCUUAUCCUACUGAUCAAAACAAAUAGGAAUGAUGUGUGUUGCCCACCAAAGCCUAUUUUCUGCAAUAUUCCAAAAGCCAAUGGAACAAUCCCAUUGGCUUUUCGUCCAAGAUGCCCUUGUGAUGCUCACUUCUAGUUCAGCCUAUACAUACGUCACCACUGCACCAAAAGCAAACUGAUCCCCGAAUGGAGCAGGAUGAUUUGCACAUGUCGAGUUACACACAGUAGGAUGUGAUUACACCACUGGAUCUAAUUAAGUAUUAAAGUCCGCUCAGCUGAGUCUUAAUUAAAACAUCAAUGUGUCUGCAGCCAACUCUAUUAAAGAGCUGCAGAUAAACAACUAAUACCCUUUGUUUCUUAACCUUUGCACACAUUCACGCUACUGAUGGCAUGGACUAACACACCUCUUAUUCAACGCUUAACAACAAUAAAUAGCUUGAAUUUUGUUGAUAUUUGAAGUCUGUUUCCCAUGUGAUGCAUGUGCCUGGUUAUAAAUAAUGUUGCAUCAUCUUGCUUUAAUGUUUGAAAUUGAACCUUUAAAAGGUAGAAAAUCAUGUGAAAUGGAGAAACAAGUGCUUUCCAUACGGUGUAUUGCUUCUCAGUGGAAGUUAUUGAAGAGAAGCAAGGGACGCAUUCAGCUCAGAUUGUGUGUUCAUACGUGCUGAGCAAUAUGAAACAGAAGGAAAGAAAACAUUCAAGCUGAGAUAAAAGUGAGAUUUAGCCACUUUAUCGCCUAUCUGGUAGCUUACCAGUCAUUGGCAGUCAUUCCUUAUGAUCUAUUCCGAACAAAUGACUCAUUACAUCAGAUAUAUUACGCCCUUAAGCCCAUAUAAUCUUUAAUUCACUUGCACUCAGUCAACCAUGCCAAAUAUCUUCAAACCAUUUACACCCUCCGCAUGAGCUCCUUUAAUGCCUCAGCCAAGCAAAAUCAUGUUCUCCUUCCUCCUCUCUUUAUAAGAGUGUAUUACGCAGAAGUAAAACAUUGCAGGACUUAUUAAAAAGCUUGUGGCGUACACAGAGGCUGCAGCUAAAGGCAGAAAUCAUCAUGCAGUCCUGAACACGGAUUUACAAUCGAUUAAACAAUGCAAAAUGUUAUUAUUUUAGACGCUUUGACAGAGGUGGAAGAAGUACUUAGAUCCUUGGUUGAAGUAGAUACUCUGGUACUACAAAGGGAAAGCCCAUAUUCAAAAUGUUACUUUAGUAGAAGUAUAGAAGUGUACUUAAAGUAUCAAAAGUCAAAGUAGUAAUGUACUGCAUGCUAAAAUGCCAUGUGUUUUAUAUGUAAACAGCUAAAAGUACAAUAAAUGUGUAAACAUGUAAGGCAAUAAGUAUUUAGUAGCAUUACAUGAUAUACUCAAGUACAAAUAGACCAAAUAGUACUUGAGUAAAUGUACUUAUUUACUUCACUGCACUUUGAUUCAGCAUUUUGGACAAAAACAAGACCAUAAGGGAAGAAUAUUUACGGAUGACGUGCCUCACUUAUCUGCUUCACGUAUUUCCGUUAAGAUUCUGUUUAAUUUGCGUUAAUUUCUCAGCCCUGUGUCAUUGCUCUGUGGCGUUUGCAUCCUUUUUCUAAGCAUUUUAAAAGAAGCCCAUUGGCCGGUUGGACACCUCGAGGUGACCCCAGCCCGAACAAAGCCAACUACUAGUCACUGUCUGGGAACCUUUUAUCUCUUUCUUAUUAUUUGAGGCCUUUCGGUUUUGUUGUCCAGCCUUUGACUCGUCACAAGGCCAAAUGUGGUCACUCAAUAUGGGCCAGAUUAAUUUUCAGGCCAUCUGUGUGUGGGGGUUAAAGUCAGGCAGCUAAGUCAUAAAUCUACAGUCAGUGCUUUCAAUUGGUGCUGGUUGAGGGAGGGGGGAUAAAGACGCACAAUUAGAUGGAUAGAUGGACAGAUGGAUAGAUAGAUAGAUGGAUAGAUAGAUAGAUAGAUAGAUGGAUAGAUAGAUAGAUGGAUGGAUAGUCUUCAAAUAGCAGAUUUUUUGGGGCAUCUUAGUCAUUUUUCAAAGCCUAAACACAUCUAUUGUCAACCACUUUCCCCAAGCAUAACUUCAUUAGUACUGUCUUUAGAUAAAUUGAUAGAUUGAUAGAAAGAUUAAUGGAUGGGUAGAUAUAUAUAUAUAUAUAUAUAUAUAUAUAUAUCUCUAACUCUCGUUAGAGAUAUAUAUAGAUACAUUGAUGGAUAUAAAUCACUAAAAACAACCCUUUUUUGAACAUUAGAGUCUUUAAAUGGCAGAUAUCUCAAAUACUGAAGAUUCAAAGGCUUUAUUUUUCAUAUGCACAAUAGCCACAGCGUAUUGGCAAUUACAUGCUGAAGCUCUUCCAACAAUGCAACAUAGAUAAAUAAAUCAUAAAACAAUUUAAAAAAAGUGUAAGAAGAAAUUGAAAUAUAAAAAAUAGGAUUCUUUAAAAAGCUAUUUCUCCCAUUCCUUAAACAUCUCAUCUUAACCAUCCCUCUCCGUCAGCAGAGCUUCAUUAGUCCCGUAAUGAACAUUUUAUUUUUUUACUUCAAAUUAUCCCAUUACGUCUGACAUAAACAACCCGCAGUGCCCCCUCUGAUUGGCCGGCCGCGGGGUCACGUGUCCCGCGCGGCCGUCCGUCUAUUUGACAGCCGCAGGAUGGCUGGAUGCCAGAGGGGGGAGAAAGAGACAGAGAGAGGGGAGAGAAAGAAAAAUUAGUAUUCUCCUACCAGCCUCGCUAUAAAUCAAUCAUGGAGUCCUACGUGGUGAGCUGUAAAUACGCUGAGCCGCAGUUCCCGCCUUGUGAAGAAGAUUACAGUAAUUUUAGUGAGCAAGGGGGGUAUUAUAACAACCCUCAGGACAGUGGGAGUUAUGGAGGAACAUAUCAGCCAACAUACACACCACAACAACCCGGCUAUCACUCUCUGCAGGGGCGCCGCCGGGAGGAUGGAGAGGACCAGACGCUGCACCAAGGUGCGCCAUUACGCACCGGCUACAGGGAGGCAGAGGUGCCCGGGAAGGAGGCCCGGUUCUCGGUGGGGGAGCUGCAGUGCCAGGCCUGGAUGACCUGUACAAAGCCCGCUCAGGUGCAGAGGAAAACGGCCUGCCAGGGGAAGGACAAGCCGCCUAUUGUUGUCUACCCGUGGAUGAAAAAAGUGCACAUCGCUCAUGUUAAUCCCAACCACACGGGCCCGGAUCCAAAGCGCAUGCGCACGGCCUACACGCGCCAGCAGGUGUUGGAGCUCGAGAAGGAGUUCCACUUCAGUCGGUACCUCACGCGCCGCCGCCGUGUGGAGGUGGCCCACGUGCUCUGUCUGAGCGAGCGGCAGGUAAAGGUGUGGUUCCAGAACCGGCGUAUGCGCUGGAAGAAGGACAACAAGCUGCCCAACACCAAAGGACGGAGCAAGAACAAGAAGGCGGCGGAAAUCAAUAACAACAACACUAAUGACACUAAUAACAACAACAGUGAUAGUACCGCAAAGGCGUCGAAAACCUCCUGAAGACAGGAGAGAAAUGUGGGUACACAUCCACCAUUACGGUACUUUUUAAAUCUCCUUCAUGCGGUUAUUAUUUGCUUCACACUUCUACAGUUGACCGAAUGUUGUUUGUCGUUCAAAGGAAUUGUAAUCGGGGACAUGUAAACAAUACGAGAAUGCUAUUUGUAUGAAAAGACGUCAUUGGGAACAAAUCUCAAGCAGAACUGACUUUUGAGGAAGGAAAUGCGCGUAAAAGUGCAUUAAAAUCCACAAAAACAAGCUAAGGCACGACAUGUGUUUCUCAUGGACAUAUCCUCCGUUUGACUAAAUGUUCAGGUUCAAGACGUUCUUUCUGUCAAUAUGUUUUAAAGUGUACAAGUUCGGUUACCAAAUGCUAUUCAAACGGUAUGUUUGGCGCAUUAACUCUCCAAAACUGCAAAUGCUAAACUGAUCCAGGGUGCUUUAAAGAGCAGGAUAUCCAUCUAGGGGUUUUCAAAUUUGCUUUUAUAUUCCAACUUUUAAAUGUUCAUAAAUAUGAUGUUAUGAAAAGAAUGCAUCUAAUUUUAGUCUGAUAUUUAAUUAAUUGAGUCUUUAGGUUAGCUAACCUCCAGUGGUCUCACGUCUCUCAUGGUGACAUUUAGGACAUUUUUAGACUUCCGGUUUGUAGGGGUGAACGGUGCCAUGGUUGGAGAGUCUUUUGGAGAAAACAGGGUUUUAUUUCCACAGGGUAAACACAUUACAGGGUUUUUAUAAUAGCUACCUAAAAGAGAAAAUAGCCUAACUUAUGAAAAUGCACAUUACCAAAAUGUUGUUUGGCGCUUAAAGGAGAAACACAUCGACAUAGUGGCUGACUUGCAGUGAAGUUGGUCAAAUAAUGUUUUACUUUGUACAGAAACAUCCAAAAACAAUGCAAUGUUUGUAGGAUAGAAGCCAUAUCGUGCAGAUUAUCUCCAAAGGUGAAUUCACUUGUUUUUAUUUUGCGGGGGAAAUCUUUACGCACAAGAAAUAAAGAAAUUGGAGGUAGAGGUUUUGAAAUGCACGACGCUGACUGUAACUCCAAAGUGUUUCCUCAGGGUUACAGGGUUUGAAUAAACACGACUUUCUGAAGCUUUUGUUGUUUGUUUUUAGCACCGAGAGGUUUCCAAAUGACUCUCUUUUAAAUAACGAAAUGGUGCAUUUUUUAAAUAUGUCCUCGCUUUGAUUCCAGUUUAAUAUGCUAUCGUUUUGUAUUAGCCUACGCCAGUACUUAUUUGUUAUUUGUAUUACUUAGAAACAUAUUGUAUUCUUAGCAGCAAGCCUCUCUGUUAUAUUUUGUAUGUUGGUAAUCUUUGGGAAGAAAAUAAGAAAACUCUUUGUGUAAGAAUUUUAUAUGUGCAAAUGUUUUGAUAAGAUAUUAGAUGAUGAAAAGUUAAAAAAACAAUAAUAAAAAAAUGUUUCAAACUA